AUGCGAUUAUUCAUAUUUGCGUUAUUAUUAAAACUAUCAUUAGCGAAAUUCAAUCCACGCGUCAGUCCUGGAUAUGACUGUAACUAUUGCCAGCCAGAACAAAUUCACAUAUCAUUUGGUACCAAGACUAACGACAUAGUAGUGACAUGGACGACGUUCAACGACACCCAAGAGUCGCGAGUGCAGUAUGGCGAGGGGGUGAUGGAUAUGGAAGCUACUGGUACCAGCACACUGUUCACUGAUGGAGGGAAAAUGAAGAGAACUAUGUGGAUACAUAGAACUGUGCUACCUGACCUUAAGUUCGAUACAAAAUAUGUUUAUCAUGCGGGUUCAGUGUUUGGCUGGUCCGAGAUGUUCUCCUUCAAGACUCCGCCUAAAGGCGAGGAUUGGGUCGUCCGCGCCGCCAUAUACGGCGACAUGGGCAAUAAGAAUGCACACUCCCUCUCUUACCUCCAAGACGAGGCUGAACGUGGUCACUUCGACCUGAUCCUCCACGUCGGGGACUUCGCCUACGACAUGGACACAGACGAGGCUCUCGUGGGAGACGAGUUCAUGAGGCAAAUACAGCCACUCGCGGCCAUGGUGCCCUACAUGACGUGUCCCGGCAACCAUGAGUCUAAAUACAAUUUCAGCAACUACCGAAACAGAUUCUCUAUGCCUGGUUCCUACGAGAGCAUGUUUUAUUCGUUCGACAUUGGUCCUGUACAUUUUAUUUCUAUCUCCACGGAAUUCUAUUACUUUUUGGAGUAUGGAUUCAAAAUGGUGGCCAACCAAUAUGAGUGGCUGAAAAGAGACCUGGAAGAGGCUACGAAGCCGGAGAAUAGAUCUAAGCGUCCCUGGAUAAUAAUAUACGGCCACCGUCCCAUGUACUGUGGGAAUGUCGGGGACGACUGCUGGAACAAUUUCCUGCCCAACCGAGUUGGUCUCCCGGUGUUCGGCUGCGACGAUAUAGAUUGCAGUGUGGAAUACACCAGGAAAGGAUUGCCGUUUUUGGGAUUGUUUAGCCUGGAGCCGCUGCUGCGGCAGUACGGCGUGGACGCGGUGGUGUGGGCGCACGAGCACAGCUACGAGCGCUCGUGGCCGCUCUACGACCUGCGCGUCUACAACGGCUCGCUGGAACACCCCUACGUCAACCCCGGUGCGCCGGUCCACAUUAUCACGGGGUCGGCGGGCUGUCAGGAAGGCACGGAUAAUUUCAAUCCGCACCCGCCGGCGUGGUCCGCCUUCCGCUCCGCGGACUACGGCUACUCGCGCCUCGAGGCCCACAACCACACGCAUCUGUACAUCGAACAGGUGGAUGUGGACCUCAAGGGUCAGGUGAUAGAUUCGGUGGCUCCGGUGCACAUCGUGACGGGUUCCGCGGGGUGCCAGGAAGGAAGGGAUCAUUUUAGAGAUAACCCGUUUAAAUGGUCGGCGUUCCGGUCACAGGACUACGGGUACACCAGGUUCAAGGCGUACAACAAAACUCAUAUAAACAUAGAACAAGUAGGUAUC